AUGGGAUUGUUUAGCGUAGUGGAAUGUGUCCCAGUCGAUAUGGCCAAGGAAUUGUUUGAAGUGAACUUCUUUGGAACCCUGCGACUGAUCCAAGCUGUGCUGCCAAGCAUGAAAGCGAGGCAAAGCGGGCACAUUAUCAACAACAGCAGCCAUUAUGGAAUUGUUGGAAUGCCUGUCUUACAGCUGUACAGUGCUUCAAAGUUUGCAAUGGAGGGACUAACUGAAGCUAUGGCUCCAACUUUGCUUCAAUUUAGCAUCAGGUAAUUAAAGUAUAUAACAUAAAUUACAAGCUACAGGUACACCAAUCUAGACUCUUUCAGGUUGGUAUUGCUGAAAUACCCUUGAGCUUUAGGGGGGCUCCUUAACCACACCUAAUUGGGCCUAAAAUACCGUCGGUAAGGGACCUUAAACAACGAGAACGUUGACGUCCCGGACGUCCAAUUUUGCAACCGGAUGGGAUCAAUUUAGGUUUCUGGGAAACUGCCAACCUACCCCUCCCCAAAGCUAACAUUAACACUUACUUCUCACUUGGGGCAAAAUGAUGGCUUAGGGGAGGGGUAGGUGGGAAGUUUCCCAGAAACCUAAAUUAAUCUACCGGAUGUAUAUCUUUUCUCUCUUUCAGUGCUCUGACGCGACAAAUUCGUACAGUGGGAGUUAAAACAGAGACAUUCAGAUUCAUUGCGUGAGACAGAAGCGUCCCAUCAAGCGAGACAUCGAACUUCCGGGACUUCAUAGUUCUCGUCUUUUUUUCUGAGCAAUUCCAAUUUUUUCGCUUGUAUUGUGUAAACAGGCCUUACGGCUACUUCUCUAUCAUGAUCUAACUUAGAAAAUGCAAUUGCUUCUUCUUUUACUUGACAGGUGUUCUUUAUUGGAACCAGGUCCUGUCUUAACCUCACCAAAGGAAGACUUGAACAACUGGCACAAGAAAUAUGACAAGCCAGCCUGUGACGAAAAGUCUUCUCAGCUAUUUCAAGCCUCUCAAGAAAAGAUGUGGAAAAAAUUUGGAGACGUGAUGCAACAAGUCAAGUUGUCGCUGGUAUUGUGAAAAAGAUCAUUCUCAGCGAAAAGCCAAACCUACGGUAUCAAACAAAUGAGAAGUUUAACCCCGAUGAAGUUAAGGCCAAACUUGCUGAUCCUACUGGGAAUGUUCUGGUUGAUUUGAUGAAUAAAAAGUACUUUUAA